GGUCGUGCCGCGGAAGCAGCGGCUGCGGCAGCGGCGGCCGCGGCGGCUGGGGGGUCGUCUUCGGCGGCGGAGCAGGCGGCCCCGGUCCAUCACAGGCGGCGGCGAGAGGCGGAGGCGGAGGCGGAAGCGGAGGCGCAGGCGGAGGCGGAGGAGGCGUCGCAGCCGCCGGAGACGACGGAGGUGGCAGCGGCGGCCAUAGCGGCGGGGGCGGAGGCGCGAAGUAGCCCCAAGGUGAACAAAGACGCGCUCUCGGCCAAGUACAUCGUGUUCACGUGGGUGCUGUGCCUGGUGGCGGUGGCGACGUCGCUCAAGCUCUACUACCUGGUGAAGACGGCGCUGGCGCUCGCCAUGUCCGCCGCCUACGCGCUGCUCAUCGCCGUCGUCUUCCAGGAGAACUUCGAAGGACAGCAGAACCUCGAGGAGCGCAUCCCGGGAGACGACGCGGUGAAGCCGUCGUACCAGAUGCUGGCGCUGCUGGCGGUGUUCCUGGGCGUGGUGGUGUACCACGCGCGCCUCGUGGAGGAGCUGUACUCGCAGCAGCGCGACCAAGUGGGCGUCAUGUUUGCGACCAUCCCCAACUUCACAGAGUUCUAUUCCGAGGACAUCAACAAAGGCAUGGAGUGCAUCCGGCUACUCAACGAGAUCAUAGUGGACUGGGACGAGCUGCUGGACGAGCCGCGCUUCAACUGCAUCGAGAAGGUGAAGACGGUGGGCGCGUCCUACAUGGCGGCGAGCGGCCUCAACCCGGCGUCCACGGCCAGGCGCGCCAAGGAGCGCGGCGGCGCCAACGGCACGGCGGGCGGCGCCGUCAAGGGCGAAGAUGGCAACGGCAAGGGCGAGGACGGCGACCCGCUGGAGCACGUGUGCGCGCUCGUCGACUUCGCCGUCGCCAUGCAGCAGCGCCUCGAGGACGUCAACCAGCACUCCUUCAACAGCUUCCGCCUGCGCGUCGGCAUCAGCGUGGGGCCGCUGGUGGGCGGCGUGAUCGGCGCGCGGAAGCCCGUCUUCGACAUCUGGGGCAACACCGUCAACGAAGCCAGCCGCAUGGACUCCACGGGCAAGAUGGGCCACAUCCAGGUGCCCAAGGACACCGCUGCCAUCCUGGAGGCGCGCGGCUACACGGUGCACCUGCGCGGGCUGGUGGCCGUGAAGGGCAAGGGCGACAUGGAGACGUUCUACGUGCUGGGCAAGCGCGCCAAGUGGGCGUCCGUCAUCACGCGCCAGCCCUCCAACUACAACAGCCUGGCGGCCGUCGUCUACGGCAUGGUGCAGGCGCACCGCCGACGCACCGUGCGCAGCAAGAACAGUAAGUGCCUGCGCACCGCUCCU